UUUACAUUUCCAUACAUUGCAUUAUAGUUCAUGUAGAUUACGUGUAGUGCUACAUUGACUAUUUUAUUGAUGUUUCUGGAGUUCAAUGGGAAUGUGAGAAAUGAGAAUGAAUCAUUACUCAUAAAACUGUUGAACAUACGGAAGUUGUUUGGCGCCUCAGUAUUUUCAGACUGAUGUAUGUAGUUUAGGAUGAAUACAAGUUUCGUAACGGAUAGUGAGGUAAACUCAAACAUAACGUUCGGAUGUUUUAUUCGCGCAUAAAUCUCAUCAGGGAAGCAGAAAUGAUGUUGCGCUCGGUAGAAGAAAUGUGCGCAGAUAAUGUGACAGCUGACUGAAGACAUCCGCCAUCAUCCUGUCACCCCCAUCGAUCACUGACUGACAGCACAGCUCACACCCAAUUCCUGAUGAAAACAUGGAGGAACGUCCAGAGCGUCUGAGUGAUUCUCUGUCUCAUACAGCUUCUGUGGUGGCCAGUACCGGUGGCAUCGCUAACGUUCCUCAGGUGGUUGGGUGUCAGGUGACAGGAUCAGUUAACAUCAACAUCACAACACGCGUGGAGGCGUCAGCAGUGAACAGCGAGCAGUCUCAACAUGCAGAUUCAUUCAGAGUCAAACUCAGUGAAAGAUUGAAAAUCAGUUUGAAGAAGAAGUUUGAGAGAAUACAUGAAGGUCUUGUCAAAAGAGGAAACCAGACUCUCCUGAACAGAAUCUACACACAACUUUAUAUUACAGAGGGAGAAAGAGACACGGUGAACACUGAACAUGAGGUCUGGCAGAUUGAUAACGUCAUAAAGAAACAAGAGGACAGAGAAAAACCCAUCAACUGCAAUGACAUCUUCAAACCGUUAGGAGACCAGACCGGUCAUAUAAAAACAGUUCUUACUAAAGGCAUCGCUGGAAUUGGAAAAACAGUCUCUGUGCACAAGUUCAUUCUGGAUUGGGCCGAGGGAACAGCCAAUCAGGACGUAGAUUUCAUAUUCCUGCUUCCGUUUAGAGAGCUGAACUUGAUUCGAGAGCAUCGCUACAGUCUUCACAAACUUCUGCUGGACUUUCAUCCUGAACUUCAAGAUGCUGAAACAAGAAGAUUUAUGACAAAAGUCAAGUUGUGUUUAUAUUCGACGGGCUGGACGAAAGUCGACUUAACCUAGAUUUUGAU